GCCGGUGUUGACAGGGAGCCACCGGGAGAGGGUCGACGAAUCGAGCUCAUCCACAGCGUGUGUUUCCGUGCUGAAAACGUUUCAAGGCGAGGCGACCGCUGAACGCUGAGGACCGCAGUGAACAUAGUUUUUCAGCCCCAGCAGAUCCAGGGAGAGGAACCUGUUUGUUUUUCCCGCUGCAGGUGAAAGACAAUGGAGGUGAAAGGCAAACAGCAGGACGAAGACAUCUCAUUCAGCAACACUGACACUAAUGGUAAGCGCCCAGCUGAGGACAUGGAUGAGGAGCAGGCCUUUAAACGUUCACGCAACACAGAUGAGAUGGUGGAGCUGCGAGUGCUGCUUCAGAGCAAAAAUGCCGGUGCUGUUAUUGGAAAGGGUGGCAAGAACAUAAAAGCCCUGCGCACAGAUUACAAUGCCAGUGUAUCAGUCCCAGACAGCAGUGGCCCAGAGCGGAUCCUGAGUGUGAAUGCCAGUAUCGACACUAUUGGAGAGAUUCUGUUGAAAAUCAUACCGACUCUUGAAGAGUACCAACAUUACAGUGGGAUUGAUUUUGACUGUGAGCUUCGGCUGCUGAUCCAUCAGAGCUUGGCAGGGGGCAUCAUCGGAGUGAAAGGUGCCAAGAUAAAGGAGCUAAGAGAGAACACCCAGACCACCAUCAAGUUGUUCCAGGAGUGCUGUCCACACUCGACAGACAGAGUCGUCUUAGUUGGAGGAAAGCCAGAGCGCGUCGUUGAAUGUAUAAAAGUUAUAUUGGAGCUGGUGUCAGAGGCACCGAUCAAAGGUCGCGCCCAGCCUUAUGACCCUAACUUCUAUGACGAGACGUACGACUACGGUGGCUUUACUAUGUUAUUUGAAGAGAGGGGCAGACGACCCAUCGGUGGCUUCCCCAUUCGUGUUCGUGGCGGUUUUGAGCGCAUGCCUCCCGUUCGCGGCAGCAGGCCCAUGCCUCCCUCCAGAAGGGAUUAUGAUGACAUGAGUCCCAGACGAGGGCCUCCGCCACCACUGAGCAGAGGACGAGGGGGAAGUCGUGCUCGUAAUCUGCCUCUGCCCCCGCCGCCACCACCAAGAGGAGGAGGUGACAGGUUUUCACAUGGCAGCUAUCAUGGUAGCAUGGAUGACAGACCAAGUGACAGAAGAGGCAGAGGAGACCGUUAUGACAGCAUGAGUGGAGGUGGAUAUGACAACAGUUCUUCCUGGGAUCACUUUCAGUCUGGCGGCAGAGGCUCGUACAGUGAUAUCGGAGGUCCAGUCAUCACAACACAAGUCACCAUCCCAAAAGAUCUGGCAGGCUCCAUCAUUGGUAAAGGCGGUCAGAGGAUCAAGCAGAUCCGCCAUGAGUCUGGGGCAUCCAUCAAGAUUGAUGAACCACUAGAGGGCUCUGAGGACCGCAUCAUCACUAUCACAGGGACACAGGACCAGAUCCAGAAUGCCCAGUACUUGCUGCAGAACAGCGUGAGGCAGUACUCAGGUCGGUUCUUCUAGGAGGAAAAGAGAAGAAGCAGAAGAGUGAAGCCAUGCUGCCAUACUGUUUGUUCCUGCUAUUCAGAGCCUACAUUCCUCUGCUUUGGUUUGAUGUCAGGAGAUUUGUGAGUCCAGGAGUGGUGAUUUUUCUGUGUAGUACUUGCAGGUGUUUAGUAAAUAAAGUCUGUGUCACAGCCCACAAA